AUGUCUUCCGAUGAGGAUGAUUACAUGAAUAUGGUCAUCGAGGAACCAACUCAAAAAGAAACUUUUACACAAAAAAAGCGCCAUCUCAAUACACCCGGCCUCCAGCCCCUAGCUAAUCAUACUAUUUCCCAAAAGGCCGAAGCCCGAGGUCGAGUCCUUUCCAAAGCAGAACGCGCCGCCCAAGAAGCCGCCCGCCGCGAUGAAGCUCUCGCAACCAGCACCCUCAACCCAACCAACAAGGGAUUCCAAAUGAUGGCCAAGCUAGGCUUCAAACCCGGCGAAGCACUAGGCAAACGCACACCCGUCACCGACACCGACACCGACACCGAAUCCAAAAUACGCUCCGAGCCCCUCAACCUCAUCUUUAAAGAGAACCGCGGCGGAAUUGGUCUGGACACGGAGAAAAAGCGCAAAAUACGCGAGGAGGCUGAAGAGGCUUCGAAGAAGAUUAAGUACGAGGAGGGAACGUAUCGCGAUCGUGUGCGCGAGGAGCGGGAAUUAAAACGGACGGAGGCGCAAGUGCGCGCUGCGCAGAAGGUUGCUGAGCGGUUGGAUGCCGAGGAAGAGACUGAGGCCAUGGAAAAUUCGGACGAGUCUUCUAAACCUGAUGGUGCAGACGGAUCGGCGAAGCGCAAGCCGGUUAAACUCACGUCACAAGUCAAUAUUCUUUACCGUGGUCUUGUUCGCGAGCGCGAAAAGCAUGAUAAUGACCGGCAAGCGCGCCACGCUAUGCAAUCCUCGUUGCCGUCGUCUUUCUUCCCGAAAGCGAAUUUACCGGAAUACGAUGACCCAACUCUGGAACGGGAUGAUAAGAAGGCUCUAGGACAACUUGAUCAGCACACAUCGGCGCUGGAGAUCGAGCUCGAAGAAGAAGAUGAAGAGCUUGAUGCAUUCAAUGCGCUUGAUCCAUCUGAGCGGCUGCACAAGCUGGUUUUGUAUUUACGCGAGAAACAUCGGUACUGUUUCUGGUGUAAGUACGCUUAUGAGUCGGCGGAGGAGUUGGAGGGAUGUCCCGGUCUUACGGAGGAAGAUCACGAUUGA